UUUUUUUUCAAUUACUUCUCUUACGUUUUCUUCAUCUUCACUUUAUUUUCUUCUUUUCUUUUUCUAAAGCCAAGCCUUUUCAUCUCCUUUCCUUUUCUCUCUGCAGGAAAAAAGGAGUACCUUACUUGAACUUUGGAUGCUCGCACAAUCGAAGAGACCCUUCUGCUGGAGCUCAGUUAUUACCCUCCAUCUGUUCGAAGUAAUCGUCAGUAGACUGAAAACAGGGAGUGCCCAUGAAAUCUGAUACGAAAUGUCAACACAGCUUUGGGGUAAAACCAAUAGCCGCGGCUCGUGGUUUUCUCUUCUCUGUGUAUCCCUGGAUGCAAGAAUGACAGACGAACAAAGUGAUGCUUAUCAGUCUAGUAGGUCAGCUCAACUGGUAUCUGCAUGGAGCAUGGCUAACAACAACACUUUUUUACUAUGUUCUUUCAUGCUCAAAAGAGGGAGGUUUGCUAUCCCAAGGCAGAACCUCAGUAUCAAUGUAGCUGCUCAUGUCUCAAACAAUGCAUGCUUGGAGGUAGCUCGUAUAAUGCCUGACUUAUUAAGUCUGGAAAUAGUACCGCGCAUUGAAAUUUGGCCAGCGUCCUUUAAGAGUUCACCACCUGAUGAACAUAGUGUCGCACUCUUUUUUCUCCCUGAGGAAAGAGACGAAGAAGUUUUCAAUAAUAUGCUGACAUAUGCAAUGUGCGGUGACUUUGCCCUUAAAGCAACUAUUGGAAAAGCUGAACUCCUUGUAUUUACUUCUAUCCAACUUCCUGGGAAGCUUCACAGAUUACAGGGAAACCCUUACUUGUGGGGUGUUUUCAAGGGACAACGUGUUGGUGCUUCUCAUCAAUCAGGGAAUCAGUUGCAGACUCAGACCCCUAUUGUGAGGCUAAGUCUGUCUGCUAAUUCUUGUGGCCACAGGAGCUUUGAUGAGAAAGAGAAUCUAGUAACCAUUUCGAGCGAGCGCAGCCCUUUAACACAUGCACCUAUAGUUGAUAGGAGGGGAAGACGCCUGGACGAUGCUUGGCAGCACGCAAACUCGCUAGAUCCAUUAAGACAGAAGGCAGAGUGCAAGUAUUGUGGUUUUGUUUCCUUACAUGGUGGGAUUUCGCGACUUAAGGCACAUUUGGGGGGAGGACACCCGAAAAUCCGCUUGCCAGGUUGCGAACAGGUGCCGCCCCAUGUGAAAGAAGUCAUGAGCGAUUGGUUCAACGAUUGGGUAUACAAAACCAAAGCUCUUUGGACGAAAGAAAUUAGAGCUGAGGUUGGUGCACACGAUGAAAGGGAGAACCCACAUGAUGCUGUUUGGGAAGAGCGGGACAGAAAUAUCAAGGGGUGUUUUAGCUUUGACUUUUCACGUGGUCAAAUUUCUCAUAAGGUUCCGGGUGGAAUGAACCAGAAUGCAAACGGGGAAGCUUGGCCUAAAGUGCCAUCUGAAAAAAGAGGAGUCACGUCCGUAAAAGUGAAAAAUGUCAAGACCUCUAUUUCACCUGAAACAAAAGGAGUCAUGUCCGAUUGGUCAAGAAGUCCAUCAUCGUCUAAGGUCACAGAGUCUCAAGGUGGUGAGCAAUCCGAUAGGAGGGGAAAACGACUGGACAACGCUUGGCAACACGCGAAAGUGUUGGACGAGGCUAGGCAAAAGGCACAGUGCAACUACUGUGGUUUUAUCUCAACGUACGGUGGGAUUUCACGACUGAAGGCUCACUUGGCUGGAGGUUCCGCUGAGGUGCAGCUGCAGGGUUGCUCUCGUGUGCCGCUGGAAAUCAAAAGCAUGAUGGAAGAGUGGUUCAACGAGUGGGUCAAAUAUGCAUCAGCAGCUUGGACAAAGAGGUCAAAAGUUCCUUUGCUCUACCCUUUAGAGAAAUUGCCUUUGGGUAAAUCGAAUAAAAGGGGAAGGCCGCCGCUAGAUGAUACGUGGGAGCAUGCUGUACCUCUGGACAAGUCGAGACAGGUCACGAAAUGCAAGUACUGUGGAUUUGUGUCGAGUCGUGGUGGGAUUGCACAAAUGAGGGCCCAUUUGAGUGGCGGUGAUCUUACAAUGCAGUUCGAAGGCUGCCCUUACGUGCCUCCAGAGGUCAAAAGUUUGAUGAUGCCGACUUCUGUGAAAAAGAAAUGCAAGAAAAAGUCGAAGACUGCGAAUGUGGAGAUUGCCGGAGGAGGGGCACAAGAGACUGUGAGUAUGGCUGACGAGGCCCGCUGGUCUGAAAAACGGCAUAUCGAUGGGGUCCACAACACGUGCCUGAAGGAGAGCCUUCAGAAGCUCAUACACGAGAAAAAUGCCAAUAUGCAAAAGAUGCAGUUUGAAAUCCACUCCCUUCAAAACCGGUUAGCUUCAAUGCCUUGAGCAGAUUUUUCGUACUUUUUGGCAUUUUACUAGGAUUGUGUGCUCGUUUUGGCUUUUGUCCAUAUUACUAACAUAUUGUGAUUAAGAUUUGUAUCUUUGUAAGUUUCUGAAUCUGUUUCAGUGUAAAUUUUCUUUUAGAUUUUUGUUCGAGAACUUGUAAGUUUCUGAAUGUGUUUUUCAAAUUCUAAUUAGAAUGUGUGGAGCCUAGAGAUAAAAGCCAACAACAUAAAGGGAUUUCAUACCUUUGGACUGUAUAAACUGAUUUGAUAGUAGUGAUGAUGUUAAUAAAAGUGUGUUGUAUUGUCUGACUCCUG